AUGUCAGUGAGCCUCAAACAGAUGAGGGUGGCCCUCAAUUCCGGACGCCAGCAGCUUCUGAGCUCUUGCAGAACCCCUGGAAGCCUCAGCCGUGCUAGAUGGUACGCGACACAGAACCUGGCCAAGGGUGGGCGGCCUUUUGCAUACACAUGGCUCACAAAGACAGCAGAAGAGACAACACCAGAUGAUAUUUUGUCCAGGCUUCCUCCAGCGCCUUUGGGCCCAGCUGCAGCCGCUUCUGUCCCUCUCCUUCUCGUUACCCCAAGCUUCGCCCACUGGCUUGAUUCUUCUAGCCCUUUCUUCUCGCAAUUCCUCAGUCGCCUUUACGGAAACUCACCGGGGAGCGAUACUCUCUAUGCCGUUGCAGCCGUGGUUGAUACACUCCCAAAUACUACAGCCGAAAACACAAAUUCAAGUGAGUCUGAAGGGCUGUCGCUUCUGGCAGUAGAGCAAUCAGGUGUCCAGGUAAAGGCUGCACCACCCCGUCUCAUUAGAAGCUCUGCCAGUGAGGAAACCAAUCUCUUGUUUUCAUUCCAAACCGAAGUGAUUGGCCAAACCAGCAAGCAGCCUGCGCACGAGAUUGGGUUGCGCCUAGCGAACACUAUCUUUGUCAAUGGGAGAGAAACAACAAUCUUUGGUACACGCUGGGUUUGGGAUAAAGCCUCAAACGUAUAUGCUUUGGACAAUUCGAUCAAUCUCACAAGCUGCAUGAUUACGGCAACUUCCCAGGCUGUAGAUACCGCAUUGGAGUUGCCAUUGCACCCAGUGACUGAACGACGACGAGUUAUGACUAGCAUGGGAAACAUUUUACGACAACUAGCAAAAUCGACGGAUGCGACGUCGAUGGACACUAUACCUGCUUCGGCAGAGCUCGAGAAGGAACUUCCGCGUUAUAUCGCAGCACAUAAUAUCAUUGACCAGCGUGUAUCCGUGUGGGCGCUUGUCGAGAAACCUGACUUGGAGGUGGCUAAUUCGGGUUCAUCUACCCAUGAGCGCUUGAUCCACUCUCUGCGCCAAGGUGGGAAACUGCACCGUGUCAUGAGUGGCGGAGGUGGAUGGGGAAAGAAGCAAGGCCUUCUUUCGCUGGAUCCUGAAGUCUGCUUCUCGGGGACUGCCACUCAAGAAGAUCUUGUCGCGUUGAGUCAGGUUUUCAAUCCUGAUACUACACAGUUGGACACGCUCCCUUCUAUUGAUAAGGGAAUUACUGUAGAUGAUCUAUCUCUUCUUUCACAGGUUGCUACGGCAGGUGAUUAUAUCCAGUUCUUUGUGUCAGUGAAACCAACUGGGGCACAGGGAAAAGUUUCGAGCAAUCACGACUCGCAGGAAGAGCCUGCCAGUUAUCACUUUGGAAUGGUAGCUGACUCCAUGGAAUUUGAGACGCAUGAAACAGCUGAGGACAGCAAUGUCAUCAUUUCUCUGCCUCGUACCUUUGGAGCAUUGUCCGAGAAGGCGAUUGCCUACUCGCAGCCCAUUAAGGGAGAAACGGUGUCAGAGUCCUGCACGAAGCUGAACAUUCCAGGAUCUCGAGUUAUAUUCGAAACUGUAUAA